UUCAACCGGUGUGAGCUUUGCCCUGCGCUUUGUCUCUCAGGUUGCCUUCUGCUUUCUCCGCCCUGCGACACAAACACAGUCAGAGUCCAAACUAUCAACGUUUUAUUAAAAACAAAGAGACAGUUGAAGCACACAAGUCCACUUAAAAGACACACUUUGUUUUCUUUAUAAAGUUUGUAACUGUUCCUUUACAGUAACUUUGGUUUAAGCGGUUCAAUCACUGACAGCUGACACGUCACUGUCUCUGUGUCCUGCAGAGAGGACAUUAAUCAGCUUUAAUACAUUACAUAACUAUUCCUGCCGGCUGUACAUGAAACAUGGUUUGUCUUCAUGAACAUCUUCAGGGUUCUACUGUUUCACUUCCGCUUCCUGCAGCUUUACUGUGUUUCAUAAGAGCUGCAGAUAAGAGGCGGAGCCACCCUGAAGAGGAGAGCUGCUGCGUCACACUCAGGAAACGAGAGUUAACUUCAGAGUCAGAAACACUGCAGUCGAGACGAGUCUCUGCUUUUCUCUCAGAGACGAUUCAAAGUGACGUCUUCAGGUUUUUCUCAACAACUCAACAGAGUCUCUUCCAAACACUGAGAUGGCUUCUUCAAACCUUCUGCUGUCUGAAGAUCAGUUCCUGUGCUCCGUCUGUCUGGAUGUGUUCACUGAUCCAGUCACAACACCAUGUGGACACAACUUCUGCAAAAAGUGCAUCAAUCAUUACUGGAAUACCAACAACCAGAACAUGUGUCCACUGUGUCAAAAGGUUUUCACCUCAAGACCUGAGCUGCUCGUCAACACCUUCAUGUCUGAGAUGGUUUCUCAGUUCAGACAGUCGACUCAGCAGAAAGCCAGCAGCAGCAGCUCAGAGCAACAAGAGUCCAGACCAGGAGAAGUUCCCUGUGACGUCUGCACUGGAACCAAACUGAAGGCCCUGAAGUCCUGCCUGGUGUGUCUGGUCUCCUACUGUGAGACUCACCUGGAGCCUCACCUGACAGCUUCACGCCUGAAGAGACAUCAGCUGAUGGACCCUGUGGAGAACCUGGAAGACAGGAUGUGUCUGAAGCACGAUAAACCUCUGGAGCUGUUCUGUAGGACCGACCAGACGUGUGUCUGCAUGCUCUGCACUGUGUUGGACCACAAGAUGCACAAUGUUGUUCCUCUGAAACAAGAAUGUGAAGGAAAGAAGGUGGAGCUGCAGAAGACAGAGGCUGAAACUCAGGAGAUGAUCCAGAAGAGACGCCUGAAGAUUCAGGAGGUCCAACACAACGUGAAGCUCAGUGAGGAAGAUGCAGACCGAGAGAAAGCAGAAGGUGUUCAGGUCUUCACUGGUCUGAAGGAGUCUGUGGAGAGGAAACUGAACGAGCUCAUCACUACGAUAGAAGAGAAGCAGAGAAGCACCAAGAAACAGGCUGAAGACGCCAUCAGAGAGAUGGAACAGGAGAUCUCUGAUCUGAUGAAGAGGAGCACUGAGGUGGAGAAGCUCUCCCUCUCUGAAGACCACCUCCACCUCCUCCAGAGUGUCCAGUCCCUCAACAUCCACCAUCCACCACCCACCAAGGACUGGUCUCAGGUCAGUGUUCCUCCAGCAUCACAUGAGGGGACUGUGAGGAGAGCUGUGUCUCAGCUGGAGGAGACGCUCAGCAACAUGAUGAAGACGCUGGUUGAAGUUGAGAUGAAGAGGGUCCAGAAGUUUGCAGUGGACGUGACUCUUGAUCCUGAAACAGCUCAUCAUGACCUCAUCCUGUCUGAUGACGGGAAACAAGUGAAACGUGCUCAGGUACAGCAGCCACGUCUCCCCGACAAUCCACAGAGGUUCUCUUCUUGUCUCUGUGUUUUAGGAACACAGAAGUUCUCUUCAGAAAAACUUUAUUAUGAGGUUCAAGUUAAACAAAAGACUGAAUUGUUUUUAGGAGUGGCCAGAGAGUCGGUCAACAGGAAAGAAGUCAUCAUACCGAGUCCUCAGAACGGUUACUGGACUAUAUGGUUGAUAAAUGGAAACAAUUACUACGCUCUUGAUGACCCUCCAGUUGUUCUCUCCCUGAAGUCUCGGCCUCAGAAGGUGGGGGUGUUUGUGGACUAUGAGGAGGGUCUGGUCUCCUUCUAUGACGUAGAAGCUGCAGCUCUCAUCUACUCCUUUACUGGCUGCUCCUUCAAGGAGAAACUCCUCCCAUACUUCAGUCCUGGUCGUUAUCUUGAUGGUAUAAACUCUGCUCCUCUGAUCAUCUCUCCUGUUAGAGUAAACUAGGCACUCUUUGGUUAUUGUAAUGAUUUUCUUCAUUGAAGAGAAUAAAUGUACAUAUCUUGUCUUAAUAUCAUGCAGUUGAACUUGACAUCUUACUGUGGUGAUUGAUUUACACGUCAUUAUUAAAUGUAUCCCGUUACAUAUAAACAUAUUAAUCUCUUAAACUCUGCAUCAUGACACAUAUGUACAAUAUCAAUUCAAAUCUUUGUUAAAUCUAAGACAUUUAUUUCCACGUCCAGAAGAAAGAUCCAGAAAAGUAAAGCCUGGUUGACAGAAGUUGUUUCAUGACAAAUAAAUUGUAUUCUGUGACUUCCAUAAUAAAAGAUGUUUACAAGCAAAACAAGACUUUUAAAAUAAAUAUAAUUUUUACAGUUCUUACAAGUCCAUCUGAAACCAUGAGUCAAUUGACAGAAAAUGAAAUGGAAACUAUUUGUAAUGGUUUAAUAAAUGUUACCUGUAAAAACAUUUCAUGUUUCCAGCUUCACAAAUGUGAAGUUGUGCUACUUUUCUUUGUUAAUAAUGUCAAUGCUUUAGUCAUAAUGUUGAGGUUUGGCCAAACAAACAUUGUGAAGGUGUCAGUUCAGGAUGCCGACUGGACACGAGGAGCUGGAGUCCAGAUGUGGCUCGUCGUGUCCCAAGUUCUCAGGUACAGAAAUAAAAGACAUUGGAAAUGUUUUCUCACUACAAGCUAUUUACUAAACGGAUGACACAGCGACCAGCAAGAAGUAGAUAGAGGCGUAAUUUAAUAAAAAUAAAAUAAUCUCACAAGACAACUUCAGUCUGUCCACAUUGUUUUAUUUUCCUACAGAGCGUCGUCCUCUCAAAAUGACUAAACAAAACAUUUCAGCACUUUUUUUACAAAGUGUUUGCGAGUCGAGAACGAACAGAAGACCGAUAACAAACUAAUUGAAACAAUAAAUACUUUGUGGAGCGGAGAGAAGAUUCCCGUUUCUGGAACGUUCCACGACUGAUAAAGGAACCGCGAGGACGGAGUAACCCUGGAACACGAUGCUGUCGGGACGGGAGAGGGGGGGGGCUGUUAUGAUCCAGAUACUCUUCAUACCCCAAAACGGGUCAUUUAAGUUAAAAGACAAACACACGACUGUCAUGGAUAAACCAGGAAUUAAAAAAACUAAAUUCCACUUCCGGAAGUGAUGGACGUCGGCCGGCGUGAUGGAGGCCGAGGCGUUGGCGAGGUCGUCACGGAGGGUCCACGUGAGGAA